CCACUGCGCGCCUCAGCAUCUGCCAGCUCGCGCACGGGCCCCGACUGCUCUCGCCUCCACCACUCUCGGCGCAGCUUCGCCUCCAUCACGCUCGCCCAUCAUCGGCAGCGCUCGUCCGUGCGCAGCCCAGAUGGCGCCGCUUCUCGACUUUGAGCUCCUCAUGGGCGAGGAUCGCAAGGACAUAUGGCGCGAUCUCUGCAUCAAGGACGCGCAGACGACGGCCGACGUCUCUCUGGUGUCGCGCGACCAUGCGGAGGACCCGACGUACUUCAUCGAUGUGCAUUCGCUGGUGCUGCUGAGGCACGAGUGGUUCAAGGUGCUGCUUGGAGGAGAGUAUGCGGAAGGCAACGGCGGCGCCGCAGCGCCGGCCGUGGGCUCCUACAUUCCCAGGAUGCCCGACGAGGUCAAGUUUAGGCGCCGCAAAUUGGUUAAGCUCGGCGUCUGCCACCCAGCGCUGUACCUGCUUGUCCAGUGGCUGUACACUGAGCGCAUCCCGAGCCUGCACGAAAGCUCAAUCGAUACGGUCGUGGCGCUGUUCUCCGCGGCCGAGAUGCUCGAACUGGACCUGCUGAAGACGCAGCUCCUAAAGGAACGUGCUAGCUGGCUGCUGGCCAACAAGGGUGUCGGACACACCCUCGCUACGCGCUGCUCCAAGAAUGAGCACAUCUUCAGCGCCCUGACAUCCGUGGAACUCGCACUGCACGCACCGCUGCAGGAUUGCUACCUCACUGGCUUCACCUGGAAACUCGCCGAACAAACAAGUGCUUUCGACGCCGACUUCCAACGCCGACUUGGCCAGUUCUUUGCAGGCGACGGCGGCAGGUCGGCUCACGCCGCAUGCAUGCGAGAGCGUCUCCUGCGCUUCAUGACCCAGUGUCCCCGUUCGGUGUGGAAUGAUGAGCCCGAGGCUCGCUCCGCCAAUGAAGCGAGCAUGACGACUGCCAGGGGCCCGGUGGACCGACGAAGCUGCCGAAAUUCUGGACGCGCGCGUCCCCAAGCCUAUGCCGUUCAUCGACAGAAAGGCGCCGUACGUGUUCGCGACAUCUCAGUACGAGAGUGACGACGAGGACGAGAGUGACGACGAGUGGGACUCUUACUGAGACACGAGAACGAGGACGCCAGCGCCACUCGGUGCCUGCGUGCUCUGAGCCUGGGUGCAGACCUCAUUCGUCGCGCCUCCAUGUCUCUGGGCGCGGGCACACGCGCUCAAGGCCGACGGGUGCAGUGAUCGAGCCGACUCCCGCAGCGGCCGGUGGCCCAAUGCAUCGACUAAUGUGCUUGACGA